AAGGGUACCUACAACCCUAACAAACCCUUAAAUAUAUUCCGCAAUUUAAGCUACACCAAUACUUAUACAAACACCCUUCUCCUACAUUUCGUUCCAACACUGGCGAGUGAGUGAUAAUGCUAUUGCUGCAACAAAAAACUGCCAUGGCUGCUUCUCUUCCUUCUUUCUUUUUCGUUCGACCAAGAAGGCCAUAUCUUAAGAGAAGCAAUACACGUCUAAUCAAAGUUCAGAAUUUUCAAGAUGAAGAGAGAUGGACGAGCAUAGAUGGGGAUUUGAAUGUUCUGAAGAAGAGGAUAGAGAUGGUGAGGGUGAAGGAGAGAUUGGAAAGGUGUUGCAGAUCUCAACAUGGUUGGAAUUAUGUCCCACUGUGUAACGACAAAAUCAGAGGAAACAAAGAGUUAAACAUAGUUGAGUUGAUUGGUUUGGUUUGUGGCACUCUUGGUCUCACUUGCUUUGCUGGAACAUUCUUCAUUUGCCUUCUUUCACUACUUCUUCAUCUCCAACUAUUCUUUUUUCCCCAUCAUAUGUAAAUGUACAGAGCUUAACAAUAUUUUGGUUUUUUCUUUCAUCCAUCGAUUGUUUCGUGCGAUGGAAACUGUGAGGGGAUUACAAUUGUUUUAGUCAUUGGUACCCUAUUUAAUGAAUUUUAAAUUUGGCAAUGA